GUAUGUAUGUAGUAGCGGUGGUGGUGGUGGAGGUGGCGGCAGUGGUUUCACAAUAUAUUGCACUUGUUCAGUCUCUUAAGUGCUGAGAGCUGUGUGCUGUGUGUUGAGUAUUGUGCUGCUGUUCUGUGCUUUCUCUCUCUCUCUCUCUCUCUCUCUCUCUCUCUCUCUCUCUCUCUCUCUCUCUCUCUCUCUCUCUCUCUCGUCUACGCUGCGCCACAUCAUCCACAGUCGUCAUGGAAGGCUCAGUAUUCACCUACACGCCGGGCUCCUGGCGGGUCACGCAGCUCAUGAAGGAUGCCUACCACAACAAUGGCUACAUCCUCGUUAGAAACCUACUGACGAAGGAGGAGGUGGCCAAGGUGAGAGCGGCGGUGGAGUCCAGUGAGGGCAUCCGAGCACACGCCUAUGGGAAAGCUGACGGAGAGAAGACGAAGAGUAAGAUGGCCCUGUGGAACCACCCGGGCAAUGAUGUGAGUGGCAUGCUGGCCAGGAUGGAGCGAGUGGCAGGGACCAUGGAACAGCUGAUGGGCGGGGACGAGGUGUACCACUACCACAGCAAGCUCAUGAUGAAGGACGCCUAUACAGGAGGCAGGCACGUCUGGCACCAGGAUUACGGGUACUGGUACAACAACGGUUGCCUAUACCCUGAGAUGGCCUCCGUGUUGCCCGUGGAUGACUGUGACCGCGAAAACAGCUGCCUUCAAGUGAUUCACGGCUCCCACCGCCUUGGCCGCGUGGAUCACUACAGAGCUGGCGACCAAAUGCGUGCUAAUGAUGAACGAGUGCAAGAAGCACUCAAGACUCUACCGCACCUCUACGUUGAGAUGAAGGCAGGUGACGCACUCUUCUUUCACUGCAACCUCCUUCACACUUCAGAUCCCAACACCUCGAGCCGCCGCCGCUGGGUGUUCAUCGUGGCCUUCAACAAACGCUCCAACAACCCUUACAAAGACCACCACCACCCACGCUACACGCCACUACACAAGGUUCCUGACUCAGCCCUCAUGGAGUGCAACAUGAACGAGACUCUGGAAGGGAAGUGGUUCAUGCAGGUGGAUGAAGAUAAAUCUGUAAUGGACAAAGCCAAGAUACACUGAGCAAGCAAAAGAAGUAACAGUAUGAUGUAUAUUCUUCAGAGGAACAUAGCUGCAGCAUAUAUAGUCUACUAUUCCACCUAUGUGGUGUAUUCAAUAAAGACACACUAAACCAA